AUGACCGACUCAGAGAGCAAGCUAAAGGAAAGCAAGGCAAAGCGUAAACAAGUAAAGGGAAGUCUCACAAGACAGCACACGUACUUAUCCGAAGUAAACGCAGCAGAAGUAUCGAUAAUCGAAUUACGUCAGCGACUGCAAAAGGUGUCCGAGCUUUGGGGUGCCUUCGAGAAAGCUCAAUCAGCUAUCGAGGAGUGCGAGCACGAUGAGAAAUAUGAUUCGAUCCAUCUUGAAGUAAGAAAAGGGUUUGAAGAUAGGUAUUUUGCAGCCACUGUGGGACUGGAGACGCUGAUUGCGAGCAAACUUGAAGCUUCGCGGGCUGCUACUCAGCUGCGGCGGGACCUUACACAGAAUGUCACCGAACGCAGGGAGACGCCACUUUCGCAGGGAAGUAACCUUACAAAUGAGCAUUUGAAAUUACCGCGUAUUACGUUACCAGAAUUCUCGGGUAAAUAUGAUGACUGGAUUCCAUUUCGAAAUAUGUUUCAGAGUAUGUUUCACGAUAAUCUCACAAUUCCAAAUACACAAAAAAUGCAAUUCUUACUCGCAUCAUUGACGGGCGAAGCAAAAGGUCUGGUUAGUUCUCUCGAGCCUUCGGACGAGAAUUACUUGGAGGCUUGGCAGAUACUGAAAGACAGAUACGACGAUGACUGCGCCAUAAUACAGCGGCAUGUUAAGUCAUUGUUCGAGCAGCCUGUCUUGCCCAGGGAGAAUCAUCGUGCCCUUAGACGAAUGUUAGACAAUAUGUUGAAGCACAUACGUGCUCUCAAGGCGCUGAAGAGGCCCACCGACAAAUGGGACGACUUGCUAAUCCAGCUGCUGACAAGUCGGUUGGAUCAAGUCACGAACAAGGAAUGGGAAACGUCGUUGAAGAAGGGAGAAAUACCCACGUUCACGCAGUUGACAGAAUUUCUUUCGCAGCGAUGUAGAGCAUUGGAAGCAUCGUCACGUACACAGCGCUCUGGACCACUGGCAGUAAAAGGAACCUCCCAUGAGCAAGGCAAGGGAACCACAGCGCAUGUAGCUACAACAAACGUUAUGUGCGCACAUUGUGGAAAAGGAGACCACUCGAUUUAUAAAUGCAGCAACUACUUGGAAUUGGGUGUGGAUCAGCGAAUAAAGGAGGCAAAGUCACGCAAGCUGUGUCUAAACUGCUUGAAGGUCGCGACGCAUCAGGCAAAGCAGUGCGGUUCUGGAUCUUGUAGAAAGUGCGGCAAGCGGCACAACACGCUGCUGCAUUUGGAACAGGCGGCCAUUCAGGAGGAGCCGGCAGGCGCGAAGAUAUCAGCUGAGGACAAAAUAAAGGUAGUGGCCACGAGUGUAAAUCACGCAGCAAACCAUCAAGGGAAGCAAGUACUCCUGGCAACGGCAAUGGUCUACAUCCUGAACGCGAAGGGCAGGCAGAUACCUUGUCGAGCGCUACUGGACAAUGGUUCACAAUCCUGUUUUAUCACGGACAAUUGUGUCGAAAGGCUGGGCAUUAAACGACAUGGUACGUACAUGCCGAUCUCUGGUUUAGGCGAAUUGUCCACGCAAACACGCACCUUGGUGAAGGUGACUUUACAAUCAAGAAUCAAUGGAUUUCAAGUUAAUCUUGACUGUCUGGUGAUCGGGAAGAUUACGCAGACUAUUCCAGUCAAUCGUCUGAGCUUGCAAGAACUUCGGAUUCCUGAGGGCAUUACAUUGGCAGACCCCGACUUUGACAAACCAUCGCAGGUGGACUUGCUACUAGGCGCCGAAGUAUUCUUCGAGUUACUAUGCAUCGGGAAAAUUAAGAUUGCAGAUGGUCAACCGACAUGGCAGAAAACACUACUAGGAUGGAUCGUGUCCGGCAGUUUAUUGGUCGAGCCCCAAACAAGUAAGGCCACAAUUUGCGGCUUGGUCGUCAAUGAGCAGCUUAAUGAGAAUCUCGCACGCUUCUGGCAGAUUGAGCACACGCAGCGGCAAAAUACGCGAACACCCGAGGAGCGCAUAUGCGAAGGGCAUUUUGCGCAGACGUACACACGCAACUCCGAUGGAAGAUUUACGGUAACGCUACCCACGAAGCAGGGGGAGCUGCACAAGUUAGGAGAGUCGCGGGAUAUUGCACUGCGGCGAUUUGGUGUCCUGGAGCGGAGAUUGGAGAGAGACCCUCAAUUGAAGAUGGACUAUGCGAAUUUUAUUCACGAAUACCUUGAGUUAAAACAUAUGAGAGAGCUAAAAUCCGAGGACGCAGCAUGGUAUCGGCGGCCACAUUAUUACUUGCCACACCACUGCGUGAUAAAGGAAGCGAGCAAUACUACUAGACUUAGAGUGGUAUUUGAUGCAUCCAGCAAAACCACAUCUGGAUACUCUUUACACGACGUCUUGAUGGUUGGUCCUGUUUUACAGCAGGAGUUAUUUUCAAUACUGGUACGUCUUAGAGGCUUCGAGUACGUCUUGACGGCAGACAUAGCCAAAAUGUACCGGCAGGUACUGCUGAAUGAAGCUCAGGUUUCUCUGCAGCGUAUUGUCUGGCGCGAUCAACCCAGUGAAGAUAUCAAGACUUACGAGCUAUUAACAUUGACUUACGGGACCGCUUCAGCAUCCUUUUUGGCAACCAAGGUUAUACAGCAGCUAGCCGAUUUGGAAGAGGAUCAUUUCCCCAAGGGCGCCGCGAUAGCACGAAGAGAUUUUUACAUUGAUGAUUUAAUAACGGGCGCCAAUUCAAAGGAAGAAGCAAUAAUAAUUCGUGAUCAAACCAUAGCAUUGCUACAGAAAGGAGGUUUUACACUCAGAAAGUGGUCUUCCAACAGCCAAGAACUUCUGAAGGGCUUACCUGAGGCGUCCACAGAUAAUAACCUAUUGGAGCUGGACAAGGAUGGGACAGCGAAGACAUUAGGAAUAAAAUGGAACCCUGAAAAGGACGUAUUCCAGUAUACGAUCGCUUUGGAAACACCAGCACGAGGAGUUUGCACAAAAAGGUCCAUUCUGGCUAGCAUUUCCCAGAUUUUCGAUCCGCUCGGACUUUUGGGACCAAUUAUAGUCAACGCUAAGCUAAUAAUUCAAAAGCUUUGA